CCUCCGUCCAAAAUUCCAUCUAAAAGGCUCUAAAAAGUGCCGAAAUAUGAGCUCUAAAACGGUUGAAAAACACGAAAAUCUGGAAUUGGAUCUGAAAUCAGGGGAAAAAGUUGCCUAUGAGGAGUCAGAACGAGCAAAUAGCCCUCUCAGUGCGUUUUUCUAUGAGGUUAAUAGGAUUAGGCGUGGAAGUGAUAGAAAGAAGCGUAGAGAUGGUAAUACGGGGAGUUACGGGCUGUUAAUAAGCAGUUAUAAUCUUUCUAAGAGGGAUUUGAGUGAUAUUAAAAGUGCAGCGUUUUUUAACCGAAGAUAUGGGGUGAAUUGUAGUACAGAAAGUCUUAGAGAGGGAUCGGGAGUGUAUAUGAGAGGGGAUGGUAUGUUUUCUAGGACUACGGUUGAUUCAGGACAAAUUUUUGAUGAAAGUUCGUCAGUGAAAACAUCGUUAGAUUAUGAUAUAUAUGAUGGGAAUAAUGUAUAUAAGGUUAUUGAUUCGCCAUUGAAGGCGCCUACUAUUCAUAAUGUGGAGUAUCGUGAAUAUUACGACAAGAAUUUAUGUAUAAAAGAGUCAAAUAAUGAGGUUAAUAUUUUUGAGAACGAAGUUUCUAAAGUUCCAGAAAAAAAGUCUUUUUUUUUGAAAGGAGCACGUAAGAGUUCAUCUGGGAAGGGAUCUGAGAAGAAGAGUACACUUAGGUCUAUUUCUUUGAAUUUAAAAAAUUUAAUUACGUCAAUUGUGUCGAAUAAUGAUAGCCAUGCUAAACAAGCGCAAAUUGAGAAUAAAGAUGAAGGAAAAUCAUUACAGAAAGAGAAUGAAUUUUCAGAUCCAACAGUAUUGAAAACAGAAAAUGUUUUAGGGGGGAAUUUGUCUAAUGAAAAAAGAGAUAUGACAAAAAGUAGUUUCUCAGAGUUUUAUAGUAGAAAUUUGAGAAAAGAUAUACAAAGUGUAGAAGAAAAUGGGGCAAUUAAGAUGAAAGAAGAUGUUCCUAAACGUUUUUUGGAAGAUGAAGAGAAAAAUAAGAAUAAGGAUGUUACGGUUAACGUAUUUAAGAAUUCAAAGAAUGAUUAUCAUAUGUCAAAAAAAAAUUAUCAAACAUAUGUUAGUAAUGAUGAUCAGGAAAUAUUUAAUGACGAUUUAAAAUAUAAAUAUAAUAGUGAAGAUGUUCCUUAUGAUGAUGGAAUUAAAAAUAAUGCAGAAAAGUUGAAAACUAAUAUUGAAGAAUCUUCGGUAUAUGAAUCGGACUCAGAAAUCUCUCAACGGCUUCCUUCAUAUUGUAAAUUAGAUGCAAUUGAUAUUGGCAAUUUUGAAUUGAAUGAUUUUAUGAUACGAAAAUCUUCAAAUAUAUCAACAAAAGAGAUUAGCCAGUUUAAGAGUAAAAUUUUUGAAGAUGAAGCUUUAAAUGAGAAAAAAAUAAAUGAUUCCAAUACAGAGCAGGAGGAAAAAUCAUAUAUUAAAUCAAAUGAUUUUUCAGAUAAGCUAACAAAAGCUGAUUCUAAUUUUGAAAUUUCUCAUUCUGAUGCUGAAAAAUAUAAGCCUGAUAACCAGCCUUUGAAUGAUAAUAAAAAUGCUAACAUUUAUCAAAGUACUGUUAAUGGCGAUAGUAAUAUUUCUAUUUCAUUGCCUCUUUUAGGAGAUCAGCUUUUAUCGGAUUUUAAUGUAUCUUUAGAUGAUGUUUCGGAUGCAAUUGACAAAGUUAUAGAGGUCCGAAAGCGUGGCUAUAUUAUGAGACAGAAUGUGAAUAUAGUUCAUGCUAGUAGUAAUGAUGUUUGUGAAAAAGAUACUAAAAGAGAAAGAUAUGCAUCUCCUAAAAUUGACGAUAUUUAUGAGAAAAAUGAGAAGCAUCCUGUACUUAAAUUUGACAAAACAAAAAAUAUCGUUAUUAAUAAGGUACCUCAAGAUGAUUCUAUAGGUAAAAAGCCGGACUCAGGUCUUCUUUUUAUUCGUGUUAUAGAAAUUGAGAAUUUGGAUUUACCAUUACCAGAAGACAAAACGUUAAGGUUCUGCUGUACUUUAGAUAAUGGUCGACAUUAUAUAACUACCCCGUGGAUACCUUUUACAAAAAAUGCGAAAAUUAAUGAAGAAUUUGAAUUGGUUGCGAACGAUGAUUUGGAGUUCACUCUUACUUUAAGACUAGAUUACCAACCUUCUGUUGAUCAUAAGAAAAAGGAUUUUAUUUUUUCAAGGAUUUUUUCUAGUUCAAAAAAACAGGGAGCUCUAAGUUCUUUUAAUCCUCCUAAUUGCUGUCUUUCGAACAAUGGAAGUUUCGGUCGUUCGUAUCUUUCUUUAAAAAUGUUUAAAGAUCAUGCAUUUGGAUGUCCUUAUACAACCACAGUAAGCUGUAUGAAUGAAUGGACCGAAAAAGCUGUUGUAAAAGGAAGGAAACGACAAAUAUUAAAAGUUAAAUCAUAUAUUAUAUGUCAAUUAAAGAUCAAUGCUUUUUAUGUCCCAUUUGUACCAGGGCAAGCUAAAGAAACUAUGCCUAAGAGCUUGUCAGCAUGUGUUAAAGAUAUUAAAAAUGCAGAAUGGGUUUCUAAAUUACAUUAUGAGGGAUUCUUGAUUCAACAUGGUGGAGACUGCUUAUACCGUAAAAGAAGGUAUUUUCGUUUAUCAGGCCUAAAGUUAACUUCUUAUCAUGAAUCUUCUAAAUCAAUUCGAUCCAAUAUUAAUUUGGCUAAAGUGAAGACGAUAUUAAAUGACCAACAAUUAUCUAUAGAUUCUAAAAAAAUGACCCGAGCCGUACAUACAGAAAACAAUAAACAAUCUAGUACGUUGGAAGGAGAUAAUGAUUAUGUGCUUACUCAGAAUGGUUUUUGCAUUAAAUUUUUCAAUGGUGAAAUCAUAAAUUUUUAUGCAGAUUCCGAAGAUGAGAAAGCCAGAUGGGUCCGAGUUUUAGAUGCUGUUAUUAAGAAAGCUAAUCAAGUUAAACCUUGGUGCUUAUAUGUUCUUCAAAAACAGAAAGCUAUGAAACGAUUUCCUCCUAAAUCUGCUUUAAAAAAAAAUUAAGCUUUUUGAUAUAUUCAAAUUGAUUUAUUUUUAAAUAUUUUGAAAU